CCCAAUGCAGCCUGUAGCCCAUUCAAAGGCCUACUGUUGGACCUCUGCUUAUUUUGCAAUACGUCUUUAGUACGGACUGAAAAAUGUCCGAUUUCGAUGAGUUUGAGAAGCAGUUAAGCGAAAAUCGGCAAGAGCGGGAGAAGGAGCGACACAAGAAGCGUAGCCGCAGCCGGUCUCUGAGCCGUGGCGAGAAGCACCGCCGCUGGAGCAAGGACUCCAGGGGGCGGAGUCACGAGAAGCGCAGCAGCAGCCGCGACCGCAAGGGUCGUGACCGACGGAGCAGCUCACGCGAGCACAAGAAGCACAGCUACUCUCCUCGGAGAAGCCGUAAGAAAAGGACAUACAAGUACUGGGAUGUUCCCCCUCCGGGAUUCGAGCACAUCACCCCCAUGCAGUACAAGGCAAUGCAAGCUGCAGGGCAGAUCCCCACGAUAGCUUUACUGGCAACAUCCACCACCAGCGGCGUGGCAGUGACGCCCACCCAGGUGCCGAUGGUCGGCAGCCAGAUGACCCGGCAGGCCAGGCGGCUUUAUGUCGGCAACAUCCCCUUCGGCCUGACGGAGGAGGCCAUGGCGGAUUUCUUCAAUACCCAGAUGCGAUUGGCUGGCUUAUGUCAAGGUCCCACCAAUCCCGUCCUCGCUGUUCAGAUAAACCAGGACAAGAACUUUGCCUUCCUUGAAUUUCGGUCCGUGGAUGAGACCACGCAGGCAAUGGCCUUCGACGGCAUCAUUUUCCAGGGUCAGUCGUUAAAAAUCAGGCGGCCCCACGACUAUCGCCCCCUGCCUGGCAUCUCAGAGCAGCCCGCCUUCCACGUACCAGGGGUCGUCUCCACCGUGGUUCCAGACUCGCCACACAAGCUCUUUGUCGGAGGCCUGCCCAACUAUCUCAGUGACGAUCAGGUGAAGGAACUCUUGACGUCGUUCGGACCUCUUAAGGCCUUCAACCUUGUGAAGGACAGUGCCACGUCACUGUCUAAGGGUUAUGCUUUCUGUGAAUACGUGGACAUCAGUGCCACUGACCAGGCCGUGGCUGGACUCAAUGGCAUGCAGCUCGGAGACAAGAAGCUCAUCGUCCAGCGGGCAAGCGUGGGGGCUAAGAAUGCCAACGCUACGGCCAUCAUCGAGACGCCGGUGACGCUGCAGGUUCCAGGGCUGCAGCGGCUGCAGAGCUCCGGCAUGCCCACGGAGGUGCUGUGCCUCCUCAACAUGGUCAUGCCCGAGGAGCUGGUGGACGACGAGGACUACGAGGAGAUCCUGGAGGACAUCCGGGAGGAGUGUUGCAAGUACGGCAACGUGCGCUCCAUCGAGAUUCCGCGGCCCGUCGAUGGCGUGGAGGUGCCUGGCUGUGGCAAGGUGGGACCCGUACUCUCCUGUACCAGUGGCAAAAAGAAGACCUCUGUAGGCACUAAACACAGGCUCAUGGGAGCAUUUCUUGCACAAAAGUGUUUUGAAAACGGAAUAAUUUUUUGUGUAAGAAAAACAAUCUGAUUGGUUCAGAUAGACAGACAAUCUGAUUGGUUCAGAUAGACGACGGACAAUCUGAUUGGUUCAGAUAGACGACGGACAAUCUGAUUGGUUCAGAUAGACGACGGACAAUCUGAUUGGUUCAGAUAGACGACGGACAAUCUGAUUGGUUCAGAUAGACGACGGACAAUCUGAUUGGUUCAGAUAGACGACGGACAAUCUGAUUGGUUCAGAUAGACGACGGACAAUCUGAUUGGUUCAGAUAGACGACGGACAAUCUGAUUGGUUCAGAUA